GACUUGGAAGGACUGAUAAGAGGAAAGGCUAAAGCAGACAUCUUGGCAAUGGCGAUGUUUGAACCUCAGCAUGACUUGUUGUAAGCUUGCAUGAGAGCCUCAAGAUCUACCGUGUGUAUCUACCAACAACGUGAUCAUCGAUUCUUGAGGUCGUCAGCAAUCUUGCAAUCGGCAGCCCGAGAUCGACAUCUUCAUGGACGAAGAUGCUUACCGUGCAGGUCCCUCCGCUCCCCUCUUGACACCCGUGAGGAGACAUGGCUCCUCUGGUCCUCCCUUGCUCCACAGCGGGCAGAGCGGGCAGAGCGUACGGCCUCUCUUCUUCCUCCCUACACGACAAUCUUGUACACGAAGAAUCUUACCCUCUCCGACACGCACUCGGAUAAAGAUAAACGAUGCAGGAAUGGUCUCAUACCCUAAGGAAGACGAAACGCAUGUGACUCCUCUCCCUCAUCUUUGUGCUUUCCCCUCAAUCUCCUCCAUCGUCUUCUUCUUCUUCUUCUUGCUCAGCCUAUAAGCAAAGCCUUCCACGACAUAUAGCUCGAGAGGAAGCUUACCAACGUUCAUCGAGUCGGAAACUAAGAGAUGCGGAGGGGAUCAGCGCAGCGGCUGAGGUUGCUACUAUUGAUACUCUGCUGUAGCAGCGCCGUCGCAGCUAAGAAACCGACCUACAUCGUGCACAUGGCCAAGUCCCGGAUGCCACCCAGCUUCGCCGAGCACCGCCACUGGUACGACGCGUCGCUCCGAUCCGUAUCUGGCUCCGCCGAGGUCCUCUACUUUUAUGACACCGUUGCCCACGGCUUCUCCGCCCGGCUCACCCCUGCCGAGGCCCGCGCCCUCGCCCGCCGCUACGGCGUCCUCUCCGUCGAGCCCGAGACCCGGUACGAGCUCCACACCACUCGGACCCCCGAGUUCCUCGGCCUGGACCGCGGCGGCGGGUUCGUCACCUCGUCCGACUCGGAUGGCGACGUCGUGGUCGGGGUCCUCGACACGGGCGUGUGGCCCGAGAGGAAGAGCUUCGACGACGCCGGGUUCGGGCCCGUCCCGGCGAGUUGGAAGGGCGGGUGCGAGGAGGGCAAGGACUUCGUUCCAGCGGCCGCCUGCAACCGGAAGCUGGUGGGGGCCCGGUCGUUCUACAGGGGGUACGAAGCGAGCAUGGGCCCGAUGGACGAGUCCAAGGAGGCAAGGUCGCCAAGAGAUAAUGACGGCCACGGGACCCAUACCUCCACCACCGUCGCCGGCUCCGCCGUGCCGGACGCGAGCCUCCUCGGCUACGCUGCCGGCACUGCCCGCGGCAUGUCUUCCCGCGCCCGCGUCGCCGUGUAUAAGGUCUGCUGGGUCGGCGGGUGCUUCAGCUCCGACAUCCUCGCGGGCAUGGACAAGGCGGUGGAGGACGGGUGUGGCGUCCUCUCCCUGUCCUUGGGCGGCAGGGUGGCUGACUACUACCGGGAUGGCAUUGCCAUUGGUGCGUUCACGGCCAUGGAAAAGGGGGUGUUCGUCUCAUGCUCCGCCGGCAACGCAGGGCCAGUGCCGACCAGCCUCUCCAAUGUGGCCCCGUGGAUCACCACGGUCGGUGCCGGCACGCUCGACCGUGACUUCCCCGCCUACGUGGUGCUCGGCAAUGGCGAGAACUACACCGGCGCCACGCUCUACGGAGGAGAUCCCCUCCCGUCAUCGCCCCUGGAGUUGGUCUACGCCGGGAAUGUCACCAACACCACCAACGGGAACCUUUGCAUGCUGGGGACCUUAUUGCCGGAGAAAGUCGCCGGAAAAAUCGUCCUCUGCGACCGAGGGAUAAACUCUCGGGUCCAAAAGGGCUAUGUGGUCAGUGAAGCCGGCGGAGCCGGCAUGGUCCUUGCCAACUCGGCCGGCAACGGGGAAGAGCUCGUUGCCGACGCCCACCUUCUACCAGCCACCGGCGUCGGGGAAAAAGCAGGGAACGCCAUAAGAUCGUACCUUUUCUCCGAUCCGAGCCCGACGGCGACCAUAGUGUUCAGGGGAACCAAGGUCGGGGUCCGGCCGUCGCCGGUUGUGGCGGCGUUUUCCUCCCGGGGGCCGAACACGAUCACCCGAGCCAUCCUCAAGCCAGACCUCAUCGCGCCGGGGGUCAACAUCCUCGCUGGGUGGACGGGGGCGGUCGGGCCGACGGGGCUGGGGAUGGAUGCACGGCGAACAGAGUUCAACGUCAUAUCCGGGACGUCGAUGUCUUGCCCGCACGUGAGCGGCCUGGCAGCGCUUCUCAAGGGGGCGCAUCCGGAGUGGAGCCCAGCCGCCAUCAGGUCCGCCCUCAUGACCACCGCCUACGCCGCAUAUCCCAGCGGCGACUCCAUCAUCGACGCGGCAACAGGCCGCGCCGCCACGCCGUUCGACCUCGGGGCCGGGCACGUGGACCCCCCGCGAGCCAUGGACCCGGGGCUCAUCUACGACCUCACCGUGGACGACUACCUCGACUUCCUCUGCGCCUCGAACUACACCCCCUUCCGGAUCGCCAGCCUCACCAAAAGGAGCAACUUCACGUGCGACGCUACGAGGACCUACGCGGUGUCGGACCUCAACUACCCGUCGUUCGCGGUGGCGUUCCCGGCAACGACAAACGACGUCGUCGUAGGGGAUGCCACGACGGUGAAGCACAGGAGGACGUUGACCAACGUCGGGGGGCCGGGGACGUACAAGGCGACGGUGAGGGCGUGGGCGGGGACGGAGGCAGGGGGCGUGAAGGUGGCGGUGGAGCCCUCGGAGCUGAGCUUCACGGAGGUGGGGGAGAGGAGGGGCUACACGGUGCGCUUCUCCGCAGCGGGGCAGCCUUCGGGCACGACGGGGUUCGGCCGGCUCGAGUGGUCGGACGGUGAGCACGUGGUGGCCAGCCCGCUCGCGUUCACGUGGAAAUGAGAAGACGGUGCGAAGUGCACCGUGUGGGCAUGUUCGUAUCGCAAGCAAGUGUUGCUUUUGGCAGUUUAACUGUAGCUUUUCUUGUGAUAAGGACACCUAAGUUGGUUCGACCACUGUGGAUUAUGUUCGUCCAAAUCGGACUCCAAUGCGAACGCAAACCAAUCCCUCAUCUUUGGAGCGCACGACAGUAAAUGCCCCGAUCAAUAUAUCAUUUAUCACCAUCCAAAUGUGCUUACCAUAUUGGCCGAUGGCGACACUUCUCAUAGCCAUUUCAUCGAACACCUAACGUGUUCCUUGCAGCUCGUACCUGUACUCGCCCCCCGUAGUCGAAACCCAAACCUCACGCUUCUCCGGUCCCAUCCGAGAGAGAUUGGAGCAGGGGAUCUUUGUCGGCGAAGCUACAGAGCACGUACUGCUGCCACUUCUUGAACGGUAUAUACACACGUAUAGCCACUUAUUGGCGAUACUUGUCAUAGCCAUUUCGUCGAACACCCAACCGGUUCCUUGGAGCACAUAGCUGGACUCGCCCGCCGUAGUCGAAACCCAAACCUUACGCUUCUCCCGUCCCAUCCGAGAGAGACUGGAGAAGGAGAUCCUUGUACGUGAUGACACAGCUGGAAUUGGCGAAGCUACAGUGUAUGUACUCGUCGCUUCUUCAGCGGGCGGUCACCGUUUGUCUCUUCUGUCGUCACGCAACGCAAACACAAGCGUCGUUUCGACUCUCGCACAGUAAAUCUUUGGGAGCAGAGGAUGGCGUGCUUCACAUUUGACUACA